AUUCUCUUUGGUUGUGGUGAAAAAAGAAAAAUUUCAUGGUGUUUUGGGGUGACACAUAUACGUAGGAAAAAAUAGUGUAAGAUAAUCACAUUGGCACCAACUGCAGGGAAAUGGAAUCAAUGGAAUAUGAGCUCGCCAGAAACCUCACUCUGUUGUUUUUCGUGGAACGCCUGCUCGACAAAGGCGAGCCGCGUACGUUACACGAUCUUUCCUGCCAGUUUGGUGCCAAGGGGUUCACUAAGGAGAUGCGGCAGAUCGCUGGCGGGUCGCAGUCGGGACUAAAGAAGUUCCUGGCUCAGUACCCGGCGUUGUUCAACAUAGACGGGGACUAUGUUGAUAUCAACACAUUCCAGAAGCAUCAAAGUGGAGCUGGCGCGUCGUCAAACAACGACUACAUCGAGGAGGCUAAGGAAUAUUUUGCGAGCAAAAUGAUCCAGUACGGCGAGGGUACCGAGGUGCCAAUCAAGAGUCUGCUCGGACACCGCAGCCAGGCAUCCCCACAGGUGCGUCACAUCUCGGGACAGCGAAUUAAGGAAUUUAAGGACUUUCUCUUGAAACAUCCCGACACGUUCCAGAUUACUGAUGACAAUGUCGUUCUAGUCAGUGAUAGCCACAGGAGAGGUAACACACACAGUAACUCUGAGCACUUUCACAAUUUGCCUGUGGCCCAUAUAAAUACAGAUACUGCCCAACAGUUGUUAGACUAUGUCGCACAAUGUAUAGAGGCUAAGGGACCAGUCAUGGUUGAUCAACUGUUUCACUUAAUUGUCUCUCGCUUUCCACAAGAAUAUUGGUAUCAAAUGUUCAAAUCGCCAGCUGACUUAAGCGCCUUUCUGAAGUUAUUCUCAGAUAGCUUCCAUGUUCAAUCAAAUCUUGUCACAUUAAUUAGCAAACCAAAAAUUCCAGUAAUGUAUCUUAAUGCGAAAUCUAAAACAAAGACUGAACCACCAAAGCCUGUGGUAGAUGAGAAACCUGCAUCGCCAGCUCCACCUGUCAUAGUGAGCCCUACACCGUCAGAUGGCAAUAAAAGUCCAGCCAAUAGAAUACUCAGUCCUAUAGAAUCUCCCCGUGGUCCUCAAGCGAAUAUAGCAAAUCAAACGCUUAAACAAAGGAUUAAUUCUAUCGUGAUAAAAAACUUAGCAGAGAACAUGGUUAGAGAUAGGGUUAAUAAUCAUUUGAAUGCUCGCAGUUCAGAAGAAACAAAUGGUACACCAAGUUUACGAAGCAACCUAAUGGGAGAUACAUGGCGCCAAAAAGUGCUUCAGUGCACAACUGUCAUAGCCAAUGUUAGGGAGUGCUCUACACUAAUUGAUAGUAUUAUGAAUCCUAAACGUAAUGCAAAAAACAUUGUAUCAUUUGAUUGUGAAGGGAUAAAUCUUGGCCUAAAAGGAAUAUUGACUCUUUGUCAAAUUGCUACCAUGAAUGGUGAAGUGUACAUAUUAGAUAUCAUGGCAUGUCCUGGUAUGGUUAUAGAAGGUAAAAUCAAGGACUUAUUAGAAAGUGAAAAUGUAGUCAAAAUCAUACAUGAUUGUAGAAAUGAUUCAGUCAAUUUACACAAUCAAUUUGAAAUCACUUUGAAGAAUGUAUUUGAUACUCAAGCUGCCCAUGCUGUAUUGCAAUUACAGCAGCAAGGUGUACCUGUUUAUAAAGUGAAAAAUCUUAGUCUUAAUGCCUUAUGUGAGUUGUAUAAUGCUCCAAUGAACCCCAUGAAAGAGCAAUUGAAAAAUGUAUAUAGAAGAGAUCAGCGUUAUUGGGCUCGGAGGCCAUUGACAAAAGACAUGAUCAUAUAUGCUGCAUCAGAUGUUCUUUCCUUAGUCAAUCCUGCAAUAUAUGCUUAUAUGUCCAGCAAUAUUAAGCCAGAUAACCAACUGUUAUUUGAGGAAUUAAGUAAUGAGCAAGUAUUUAUGCAUAUUCAGCCUACAGAGGUCAAAUUACGUAAAAGGCAAAGAAAAAUAAACACAGAAGUAGGAGAAUUAAAACAAAAAUUGGCAGAAACAACUAAAAAUAUUGUUUUAAGUAACAGGGAAAUUAGAUUGUUGAGAUAUUUGGAACUCACAGAGGAGGAAAAGGAAAAAUUGAAAGGUUGUCACAAAAUAUCUAAAAAAUUAGAAAAAUUAGAAGCAAUAGGACAAGACAAGGAUUCAGAUUCUGACGAUGAUGAGAGAGAAAAUGAGAUGGCUAGUUUAGAGUCUAAUCCUUCAGACCCAAUUUCAUCACCACACUCCACACAACCUCCAAGCCUCACUGAGUCAAUGCAGAUGAUGGAUGAAAUAUUGUCAGAUGCUAACAUGGAUAAAGUUGAAAAAAUAAAUCGUCUUGAAGCAAUUCUGUCUGCCGUGGCGCCGCUCAGUGGAGAAUUGGAGGACAAAUUCUCACAGACCAUGGAACAAACACUGCCAUUGCUCAAAAAUAAGGAUUGGUCCAACCUUAGUCAAAUUUUGAAUAUGAGUGAUGCAGAGAGAAAGAAUUGUAGUUGCAGAUGCCAUAAUUCUAAUUUUGAUGAUGUUAGGUGCAAUGAUCUCAAUGAAACCAAGAAGUCCGAAGUUGGAUCACAGACGCUCAGCACAGGGGACAUAGUUAUUACAAGGAUCCAUUUCAGGGAAGAGGAUAAAGCAAACGAGAGGAUCCUGGAUGCGAGCCCUGCAAGUAAACGGACGGGAAUAAACAACAUGUCUUGAUGCUCAGGUUUACAAUACUUCCAUUUUCGAGAGUGCCACAAUUUAGUUCGGGGACUCUUUUCUGUACGUAAUUAUUUCUUCAUAGUAGUUUUAAGUUUGAAAAAGUAUAACAAAGUCCUGUUGUAAAGAAUAUAUCACGUAGUAUGUUUGUCAGGGGUACGAUCGCGGUUGCUCGAGAAUCAAGAUAAUUAAUUAUGCUAUGAGGUCGUGCAUCGCUAGUGUCGAAUACACCCACGCUAUAUGUUCAUUUGAGCGGAGAUGAACGUAUACACUCGAAUAAAUACAACAGUAAUUCGCAUAAUACGACGGCUACUUAAUUCCAUUCGUCUGGAAUAUACAGUAUGCUGUUACAUAUUUUAAUUUAUUUAUUACGUUGGCUAUUGCCUAUUAAGUAAUUCAACUUAAUGUGAUAAAUUUCAAGGCCUUUUUUCUCGGUCUAUUUUGUAUUGUAAAUAGGUAUAUAAGAUAAAAUUCGUUUAGCAUGCAUAAUCUUCACAUCUCAAAUCACGAUAAGUUUCAAGUGUUUUCCGAUGUAGUAAACAAAAAUUGUAUAUACCCUAUUUAUUAAAGUUUAUUUAUAUUCACUUUAGUAACUGGCAGCAUAGAUGAAGCUGCUGAGACUUUUUUUUAUUAAAAAAUGGCAAUAAUAGGCGUAUACUUACGUACAAUAAAGUGUUGUAACAUAUUUAUCGGUUAUCGUUUAGAUGUACACUAGUGAUAAAUAUGUUUUUAAAGAAAUAUUAAAGAUGGUAUGGGUUUAGUAUUAUGAUGGAAAUUUUAUAUUGUAGGUAGUGUGAAAUGGUGCUUGGAUAUACCUAUGUUUCGAACGUUUGCAAUAUAUUAGACAGGCAUUUGCAAUGAAUUUUAUUGUAUAAUUGGAUGACUGGAGGUUUUUAUUUUUCCUUCAGAUAGUAUUUCGUGCCUUCAAGUCAUAUCUGACGAAUGCCUUAAUUGAAAUGUGAAUCAGUAGAUACUUUUUAUACGUAUUUUGUAGAGUAAACACGGAAAUUAGAUACGAUUAUUAUUUAUGGGUCACAUUACAUAUCCCUUGUUUCACACGUUGUUAGUGAGACAUUUUAAUAGAAAGUAGAAGAGUAAUUUCUAAAUUUCCUAUUACUCGUUUUGUCAUUUAUUUGUUAAAGGUAUUAAAUGUUCAAAUACUUAAUUCCUUUACAAGUUAUAUUCCUCAUAUUAAGUAAUACUUUGUUAAUAGCUUCAUAUAUUAUUACUUCUAAGCCUGUUGAAUACAUUCAAAUAGUUUAUUUUUUAUGUUGUUAUUACAGUAUGAAAUGUGUUAAUACUAAGUGAUAUUAUGCUUAUUGCUUAUCUCGUAGAAAGCGGUUGCUUUGAUUUGUUUACUCCCAUGUAUUAUUCAUCAGUAUUCCAUCCAAACACUUAAGUAAAUGCAUGAAACUAAAAGCAUUUACGCUAUUUUUUUUCUUAUUAACAUCGCAAAUCAAAUGAUGUUAAGGUGUUAGUCACGCUUAUGAAAUUGUCAACGAAUUUUUUUUCUUUAUAUAUCUGCCCGUAAUUUUUAAGCGUAAGUAAAUUAUUCUUCUUUUUUAUUUUCUAGUAUAAAUUUUGUGCCUUAACCCACAGCACAAUUUACAAGUAAGUUUUUCACUCGAUUUUGUAGCGGGAGACGACAUGAGUUUUUCAGUGCCACUAAUAUUUUUUUUUAUUGUAAUAUUGUUAAGGAAGCAUUUUCGUUAGUCAAUCUAAGGCAUAAUAACCACUUCUGUUAUAUACCUCUAGGUACGUUAUAUUUUUCUAACCAAUGUUUAGAACUUUAUUUACCUAAUUACCAGAGUCUGCUUUCGAGAAAGUCUAACUUGUAAUGUGGCAAAUAUUAGUUUACUAAUUUGCGCAUUGUUUAUGUUUAUUAUAAAUAAAAAGUUGUAAUAA